AUGGCUUUUGGGGGGAAUACUAAAAAUCUCAGAACAUUACAAGAGAGAUACAAUGCUUGUGUGAGAUGUAACCAGUGUAUUAAAAGAGGAAGCAAUGAGAUUUCAUACUCACUUCUCCGGGUCAACCAUAAGUGCUCAGAAAACAUCUUACUGAUCAAGCGUAAAGAUUACCGUUUAGUUUGGAGGCCAGUUGCCGCCCUGCCAGAUUUUCCCAGACCACAGAGGUAUGAUGUUUGCUUGCAUUACAGUGAAGAACAUGGAUGUAGACAGCAUGGAAAUAGAUGUACCUACGCAAGGAGCGAGGAGGAAGCAGACUUGUGGAACUUCAUGAAAGAUGAAGACUUGACAAUUCCUCAGCUCGUGAACCUGAUCAAGACAAACCCCUGGUCUCCGCAGUUAAAGUCUCAAGACAGAAGACAACAGUUCUAUUGCAAAUUAUGUAAUGGCAAGUUUCCAACAAAUGAGGACUUCAUGAACCACUGUUUUACGUUGGAGCACAGGAGACUGAUCUUUGAAGAUUCAUCUUCUCCGUGGAAGUACCGUGAUCCACCGCCGACAAACAAAGAUUUGAAAUUGUGUACAAGAUACCUGAUAUGCGAGUAUGGAGACAGUUGCAUGGAGGCGCACAGUCAAGAGGAACUGCAGGAAUGGAGACAAAGAAUCAAGAAUGCACGGAAAAAAUCUAAAAAUGCAGCUGAGCAGGGUCUUCUGUCUUAUCAAGACACUCUUUUGGAGGAAUACAGGCACAGCAAGAGCAAGGAAAUUAUAAUGAACGACACCCUUCCUGAUGUUUCUGUCACUUGUGAGCCGGAUUUAGAUACUGUCUAUGUAAGGCAAAAGGGAAUACCAUGUAUGUGGAUUUUUACCAUUAUUUCUAAGGUACCUUUAGAAAUUGUUGCUUUACUUAGACAUGAAGUCGGGGCAACAUUCACCCUCAGUAAAGACCCCUAUGUGGAGCAGUCAUAUUCUACUAGUGAUUGGUUUCUAAUCAGAACGAAAAGGGCUGUGUACGAAAUACCAGUGUCCUUCACAUCUGACCAACCAGGACAUUAUGAACAAUGGGUGGUGUUUGACUUCAAUACAAGACCUGUACUGCAACAAAAAAUCAAGGUCAGAGUUGGAGAGAAUGAGCAAGAGGCACAUGAGUGUAAGAGAACAUCAUUCAUUACUCCAGCAUCUGAGGUUCCACAAGAAACACAAAGUGAGUCAGUGACUGACAGGAAUCCUGAGGCCUGGAAUGUGGAAAAUGUGAAAAUCAUCCCUUUUGGUGAAAUAGAAGAGGCAGAGAGGGAGUUGCUAAAUAAAUACAAGCUUGUUAUGAAACAUCAGGUGAACUUCCAAACUCAUGCUGUUUCCUCAAUUGAUCAUGGUAAUUACAAAGAUAGAAUGCACAAGUUUCUGUAUCAGGAGGAAAAGGAAGAAGCUGAACUACUUACAAGGCUGAAUCUACGAGGUGAUGUGCAGUUGAAAAAUCACCUGUCUGAUGCCUGGUUUGGACUGAAAUUUGCUUAUCCAGGGGAACUAUUUGCUGCUGUGCCUCUUUCUCAUCCACUCACUCCUAAUACUCCUCAAGGUUACAUAUUGAAUAGACAUGUUAGCAAAGCUCUUGUGCAUGUGGAGGAAAAUGAUAAUUGUUUUGGGCUUAUUUAUGAGGCUGAAAUUUUAAAAGACACUGCUACUGAGACACAGUUACAUCUUAAGCUCUCUGAACGUUGCUGCACUGAUCUUCAUCUGCAAAAUGGGCAGCAAUGUGAGAUGGAGAUCCAGUUUCAACUAAAUCGUCAAUGGUUCUGCGAGAUGCACAAGGCUGUUGAUGAUCUCCCACACUUUGACAAGGUUUUGCCUGAUCUGAAAAACAGCAGCAUCCCUGUUUCUUGCCAGUCAGAUACAGGGGAUUUAAAUGAGAAACAACAAGCUGCAAUUAACUUUGUCUUGGGAGUAACAGACAAUGCAUACAGUGUGCCACCUUUGUUGAUUUAUGGACCUUUUGGAACAGGGAAAACUCGAACCCUUGCAAAGAUAGCCCAGGCGCUUGUGAAGCAACCACAGAACAAAGUCUUGAUUUGUACACAGACAAACAGUUCUGCAGAUCUUUAUGUGAAAAAUCAUUUCCAUGAACAUGUAACAGCUGGUCAUCAUGAAGCCAAACCUCUGAGAAUAAAGGCAAAGGAAAGGAAUCCACAGAAGUCCACUAAUCACACUACUCUAAAGUACUGCCAUUUAUCCAUUGAUGGCAAUCAAUUUGAGUUUCCUGAUAAAGUUGUACUAGAUUCCACAAGAAUCAUAAUAACAACAACUGCAAUGGCUCGUUACUUUCAUGACAUGAAGCUCCCUGAGAACUACUUCAGCCACAUUCUGAUCGAUGAAGCUUCUCAGAUGUUGGAGUGUGAAGCUCUUAUGGCACUGGGCUUGGCAGGUAAAAAGACACGUGUCGUUUUAGCAGGAGAUCACAUGCAGAUGGGACCCAAGCUAUUCUCUGUGAGGCAAGACAAAUGUUCAGAGCAUACUCUGCUCAAUCGUCUUUUCUAUUACUACCAAACUGAGAAAUGUAGCGCUGCCAAACAAAGCAGAAUCAUUUUCAGUGAAAACUACCGUUCCACAAAUGACAUCGUGGAUUUUGUGUCAACACAUUUUUAUGUGGGAAAGACGGAUGUGAUCAAGGCUACAGGAAAUGUGCCUCCUCAUCCACACCAACAAGCCUUGCAGUUCCAUCAUGUAAGAGGAGAAUGCCGUUUGGACCCAACAAGCAUGUCCUGGUUCAAUCCAGAACAUAUUCAGAUUGUUGUUGACAUUGUGCAAGGAAUUAUGAGGGACUGGCCAAAAGAGUGGCACAAUCAAGAUCCAGCAUCAAUCUGUGUCCUUUCACAAGGCACACAGGUUCGUGAAAUAAGAAAAAGAUUGGCUCAGCUUGGACUGAGGAGUAUUACUGUGGAGAAUGCAGAAAAUGUGCAAGGAAAACAAUUCAGAGUAAUUGUGAUUUCCACUGUGCACACUAUGGACAGCCUAUUUGUGACUAAACAGAACUGUCUUGAGUUUUUCAAUGACAUGCGUGUGCUGAACACUGUUAUGACGAGAGCCCAAUCCCAAAUAUUUGUGGUUGGAGAUGCAGCUGCACUUUCUAGUCCUCACUUUGGGAUGUGCUGGAGACUUUGGGGGUCUUACAUAGGGCAUUGCAUUAACAAAGGAAGUGCCCAUAACCUUACCCAGGAUUCUUUGAAACAAGAACUUCUUGAGAUAUCUGAGCUCUGCAGAAGUGAGAAUGAAGACAGCAGUGAUAGUGAAUCAACCACAUCUGAGAUAUCAGACACAGAUGACCCAAUACUUAAAGAGCUGCUUGAUGAGAGUAAAAACAUAAACAUUACAUUGACAGAGGAAGGCUUGUUUCCUGUUUUUCAAAAUGAGCAUCUUGACAGAAAUGUGGUCAACCACAUUAAAGAAGUAGAUGCAGAGCAUCUGCAGAAUAACUCCACCAUCUACAAAUGCUGUGAGCUGGUCAAGGAGAGUUUUGACCGAGGUUACGCUAUACCACUUGAUGAGCCCACCCUAUGUAUCAAUAUCAAGGGUAGAAAGAAUUUGGGACAGUCAUUCCCUGGAGACAAGGUAGCCGUGGAGAUCCUGAGUGAGCAAUCAAAUCAACUAAAGGGAAAAGUAAUCAAGGUCCUUGAUUGUGCAGAUACCCUCAGAGAAUUUGUUUGCACUCUUGAAAGGCAUGAUAGUCAGGUGAUGACACCAAUUAACAGAUGUGUCUCCAAAAUUUAUACACCAUUUUGUAAGGACAAACCAUAUCACAUUGCAGUACGAAAUCCUGAGGACCUCACAAAAGAGAAAUUCAUCAAAAUAAAUGAGGCGGCCCAUAGAAAUUAUCUCUUUGUUGUCAGAGUCCUUAAGUGGAGAAAGGAUUGCUGGUAUCCCUUGGGAAUUGUUGUGGGAGUGUUUCCAAAAAUAGCAACUUUAGAGGAUGGAUUGAAGGUACUUGACAUAGAGUUCCAGUUGAAGAGAACACUUCCUUCAAUUGUGGAAAAAGAGAUGCAACAUUUUCAAGGUCUUAAAAUAUCUGAAGAUGGAAGAAAAGAUUUCCGAGACCUCCCAGCAUUCACCAUUGAUCCUGCUGAUUCACAGGACCUUGAUGAUGCUAUUAGUGUAAGGGAUUUAGGUGAGUGCUAUGAAAUAGGGGUCCACAUUUCUGAUGUUGCAAGUUUUGUGGCUAAAGACAGUGAACUGGAUAAAUAUGCAAGACAGCAAGGUACUGCAUUCUAUACACCAGAGAAGGAUCCAACAUAUAUGUUCCCUGAAGAACUGAGUGCCAAUUUCUUCAGUCUAAUCCCUAAUCAUGAUAGACGAGCCAUCUCCUUGAUGAUGGAAAUUGAUAAAAGGACACACUGCAUAAAGAAGAAAUCUUUCUGCAAGUCUGUCAUUUGCUCUAAAAGGAAGUUGUCCUAUAAUGAAGCUGAAGACAUAAUUGAAAAGCCAGUCAAUAGACAGCAUUUUGACCCCCUUAAAGUCUGCCUUAUGACAGCAUGUCACUUUGCCGAGGUUCACAGGAAAUGCAGGAAACAAAAAGACUGGUGCUACAACCCUCCAGAUGAGGAUGUGACCCUCGGAAGAAGACGAUCUCACCAAAUGGUGGAAGAGCUGAUGAUCAUGUUUAACUAUACAGUUGCUGAACACCUUCUGUUUGAUGAAGGAACAAGGAGCCUAACUCCACUCAGAUGCCAGGACAGGCCAAAAAGUGAACAGAUGAAUUACCUUUUUAACAAAAAUGCCUCUUUGAUUCCUCUGUCUGUUCACCUCUCAUGUCAAGCUGAUGCAAGUAAAGGUGAUUCUCACAAACAGAGGAGCCAAAUUUUGAGUAACUUUGACUUGCCAAACCCAGAGACUGCUGAAACCUUCCCCAUAUUAAUAUCACUUUUGAAAAGUCUUAAGAAAGCUGCUCAGGCCAAAGACAAAUACAGAAUAAUUGACUUAAUUACAACUGAUGACAUUCACCCCCAGCUUCUUCCUUUUGCUAUUGCAUUUAGGAGACUCUUUCACAAAGCAUAUUUUUUGCGCUCAAACUCGACCCACGGUGCAAGAAUUGGGCACUACAAUUUAGAUCUUGACAGUUAUACAUGGGCCUCAUCUCCAAUUCGCCGGUAUAUAGAUGUCAUUGUGCAGCGUCUUCUUCAUUCUGUGAUUGACAAGACAGAACCGCAUUACACAUCACGUGACAUUAACUUGUCUUGUAUGGAAUUUGCCAGGAAAAAUCAGCAUCAGUCAGCAUAUGAGAGGAAAGCAAAUGCCCUUCAUUUUGCAUCAAAACUGUCAACCCAGAGUGAAAGGAAGGUGGCAUACAUUGUGGAAGUCAAUCCAUCAGGGACAAACUUCAGAAUAUCCUUCCCACUUAACAGAGACUCUAUACCAGACAAUGUAGGCAUUUUUUACAGGGACCUUCAGUUGGCAGAUCAACCAGAGUUUGAUGAAACAAACAACAGCAUGAUCUUGACAUGGGUGCGAAGGAUAUAUUCAUUCUCCAAUCCUCAUAUCCACACUGAAGUGAAACAACAAAAUCCAAACUCAGUCACAGCCUAUGUCCCUACAAAGACCUGGAAAUGCCUAGUAGAUGCUCUCAGAGCAGAAAAAUGGGAAUUAAUGUUUCCCUUGAUUGAGGAGCUUGACAUUAGCUCAAGAACCCACAGAGAACACUUCCAGGAAAGACUGAACAAAGCCAAAAAUUCAGGAACAGAUAAAUCUGAGCAUUAUGCUGAACUGUCUCUGAGAUUAAAGCAAGGUGAAGCAGUUGAGGUGCAGCUAGGUACAGACACAGCUCGAGGAUUAAUGACACCAGCAGUUCAGCUGUUUAUUGUGCAUCCAAAAUUUGAGAUUUGUUUGGAGCAUGUAAAAGAUCCAAUCAAGUGUUUUUCAAAAUACACGCUCAACUCAUCAAGGAAUUCAUACAACACAUACAUGCAUUAUCAGGCAUUAUGGAAACCUAUGUGUGAAAUGGAGUCAGUGUCCAGUGCAGUGGCUGAAAAUGAGAGCAUUGUUUUAGAAGAUGUACCUCUGAAAUGGGAUGCAUCUCUGCAAGAGAAACUUAGUGGGUAUUUUCUACUCCCUCUCGACAAAAAAGACAAGUGGUCCAUUGAAUGUGACCUCAGGAACUGCUUCCUCUGCAUUCGAACAAAGAUUCCCAAAAAUGAAUGCUGUCCAUUUCUUGACAACUCUCAGUGCACAGAUCUCAUGGAUAUCCCCAUUAUCAUUUGGGUGGCCCAUGGUGUAAUUACAAAAGUUGAAGAAAAGAAAACAAAAGUAACAAGACAUUUACAAAUUGACUUUCGAAUUAACCAUAUGCCAAUGACAAACAUUCCAGAGGACAUCUACUACGAGAGCACAAGAUUUACAGUGGAGCUAAUUCCAACGCUUCUGCCAGAUGUGCGCAAAGAAAAUGCAAUUGACAGUCUAACUAAAGCUAACCAGCUAGUGAAAACCAUUGCCAUGGGCAAAGGAAUCAACUACGAAGGAGGCAGUAAAAUUUGGAAGCAGAUGCCAGCCAGAUUUGAGAUUAAAGAUCUCCCUUCUGGGUUUUCCCAUCUUAACAACAGUCAGUGUAAAGCUAUAAGAGAAGCACUGAUCAACCCAUUUACUCUUAUCCAAGGACCACCAGGGACUGGAAAAACAAUUGUUGGUGUCCAUAUUGUGUACUGGUUGCUCGAGAUAAUUCGAAAGCGUCCUUCCCCUAAUCUUCAAAAGAAGAGAGCCAUUCUAUACUGCGGACCAUCAAAUAAGUCUGUUGAUGUGGUUGCAGGACAUCUCCUAAAACUUGAAAAACAACUCAGACCUCUCAGAGUCUACAGUGAUCAGAUGGAGAUGUUGGAAUUUCCUUAUCCAGGCUGCAAUCUGAAGCUCUCGCGGCAUUCUAAAAGAGUGGAAAAGCCCAACACAGAGCUCAGCUCAAUUGCAUUACACCACCUGAUUCGAAAGGUUGACAACCCAUUCUCUGCACAAAUACUGGCUUUUGAUGAGAAAAUUCGAAGAGGAGAUCACCUUACUAAUGAAGAAAUAAAAUGCUACAAAGAAUCUCUCCAAAAGGCUCGAAAACAUGAAUUAUUGCAUCAUGAUGUCAUCUUGUGCACUUGUACGGCAGCAUCACACCCUGCCUUGGCUGAAGCCCUCGACUUAAAACAGAUCAUCAUUGAUGAGUGUGCCAUGGCAACAGAACCUGAAGCCUUCAUUCCCCUAGUAGCUCAUAAACCUGAACAGAUCAUUCUUCUGGGCGAUCACAUGCAGCUACAGCCCUUAGUUCAUUGUGAUGUGGUAAAGAGAUUGGGCAUGAGUAAAUCUCUGUUUGAACGUUACAUGGAGAAAGCACUGAUGCUUGACACUCAAUACAGAAUGCAAGAAGGCAUUUGUGCAUUUCCAUCUCAGGAGUUCUAUCAAGGAAAGUUAAAGACUGCAGUGCCACACAAACCAAGUUUUUUCCACACAGAAUCAAGGCAAACUCCCAUAGUCUUUGGGCAUGUUGAAGGGAAGGAGAAAAGUCUGCUGGUCUCGACUGAACGAGGAAAUGAAAAUUCAAAGGCGAAUGAGGAAGAGGCAGAAGAAGUGGUGCGGAUCGCCAAGCUUUUGAUCCAUGCUGGGAUACAAGCAAAAGACAUUGCCAUUCUAACACCGUAUAAUGCUCAAGUGACAAAUAUUAAUGAGUUCCUGUCCAGUGAGGGCAUGUGUGGCAUCACAGUCAACACCAUUAUGAAAAGUCAAGGAAGUGAAUGGAAAUACAUAAUCUUGUCAACUGUGCGCUCUUGCCCCAAAUCUGAAAUAGAGACGCAACCAACCAAAUCCUGGAUUACAAAUCGGCUUGGAUUCAUCAUGGACCAGAAUCAAGUCAACGUGGGCAUCACCAGGGCACAAGAAGGACUGUGCAUCAUUGGUAAUGAGAACUUGCUGCGAUGCAGUAUUUUGUGGAGAAAGCUUCUGAAUCAUUAUCAGGAGAAAAGAUGUGUGGUGAAUCCUGCCAGCAACAUACAGGUCCUAAAACCUCAUGCUGACAGGACUCAGAGAACUAAGAAAACCGCUAGAAAAUGAUGUUUUAUUCCUUCUUCAAUGUGUUGAGUUUUGUUGCUCUAAUUUCUUUCAAUGUAAAAUGUUCUCUAAUUUACUUUUCAUUUACUCAUUUAUGCUCUUUUAAAUUUAAGUAUAUUAAUUAUUACUUUUUAUCAUUUUUCAACAAAAUGGAGAAAUUAUAGGUCAGUCAGGGAAACUUUGCACACGUCAGAUCAGUAAAUUAAGCAUUUGUAUGUAGGUUAAUAAUAUAAAAUAACCAUAUUUUCAUGGCACUUUAGUACAUUUUAAUUCUAAAAUUAAUUUAUUUUUAUUAAACAUUUUUAUUUUUAGCAUGUUUUAUAUUAUAAUGAGAAAAUGAAGAAACUACUGUAAAUCCCUUGAAAAUCAGAGGGUAUGUAUUUAUUUAUCUGUCUGAUUUCAGAAUGAAUGCAAAGUUUAUGUAGUUAAGUUUGCAUUACUCAAGAUAUCCAUUAUGCUAAGUCAUUGCAUUUGUUAAAUAACAAUUCAAAUUCUUCAGUUAAUAACUUAUUGAUAAUAAAGCAGAACAAUACCUUGCAUGAAAACAAUUUUCAGCAAAGACAAAGUCACAUUUCUGUCAAUGUAACUAUAAAUAUAGAAAUAAAGAAAACUUGUAUUAAGCUUCUUGAUCUUCAGACCAGUAUCAUCAGACAAUCACUAGAUAAGGACAUUGCAUUUAACCAGCAGUUUUAAUACUUGACCACCUGGUGGAGCCGAACUAACAUGUGGAACAAAACUUUCAGAAAAGCUCAUAUUUAUGGCAAUUGGCUUUAGAGCAAUGGUGUUAUGUACAUGACUAAUUUCAUUUAGAUUCCGUAGAUUUAGAUAUGGUGUGUAUAUGUUGAAUAGUUUGUACUUCAACUAGCAACACUAGUUUUCAACAUGUACUCGUUUCGUCCCAAUCUACUGCAGAUGCUAACAUAACAUGAUUCAGGAUUUAGUCGAGGUGCAUCAUUGCAAUGCAAGUAUCAGUAGCUAUUUGUUUAGCUGUGCUGCAACAAAAGAUUACAAUACAAUUAAAUACAUAUUAAAUUAAUAAGUGCAAUUAACUGAAGUGUACAGUUCAAAGGUAGAGUUAAAUGUUUGGAAAAACAUGCUACUCUUACUAUUUCUGCAGUAUGUAGUAUGUAUACAGUGUGCAUAUUUCCUUUAUGCAUGAAGUAUGCUCUACUAUAUCUGCCAAGAUGUGCAGAAUACAACCAGAACACACUGCAUGGAAUAUUCCAUACUGCAAUGCGUUUUGACUUCCAUUUCCAGUUUAACAAAUAACUAAAUCUCAUUAUUUGAUCAGACUGUCAAAAAUAUAUUUUCACACUUGGAUAAAAAUAACGUAUUUUCAAGAUGAUAACUGGAUGCCACUUGCUAAAUUGAAAAUGCAACGUGACAACAAUGUAGCAUGUUCGAAACAUUUAUUGCUGCAUAAUGCUAACUGUUUCACCUACUAUUUAAAAAAAGAAUAAAAAGAAAAAAAGGAAGCAGUAUACUGUACAUAUUAGGAAAUAAUGCACACCAUUCAGUAAGCUAGUAUUCCAUUCUGAACAUAGCCACAAUGAGCUUAUUGUCAAGCAGCAGGAAUAGAUAAUCACCCGAGAUUCUGUAUUAUUAUUCAUUUAUUUUAUGUUUAGUAUGCAUUACCAUUAUAUACUUUCCUUUGCACCAAUAUACAAGCUAAUAUGUAAGAAUACACACACACAAAGAGGGGUGUUAGUAAGGGGGGAGACAGACGCCAGGCUGCUUUGGAAAAGACUCUGAAGAGAGCUGUGGUUUUGCGGGAGAGUGACUAGACAUGAGAGAGAGAGAGAGAGAGAGAGAGAGAGAGCAUUGAUGAGUAACAGGGCAGAAAGAGUGUGUAUAAAUGAAGAGAAAACAGUAACUGAGGAGACACAUUGCAUAUUAGAAUAAACGUGUCACAAAAAAAGAAAAGUUCACCAGUGCAGAAUGUAAACGUGUGUGCUUGAGUGCAUGUGUAUAGUGGAUUUCUAUAUGCUGACUGCCUUGGAAAUGCAUACUACAUGUGUGUGUGUGUGUGUGUGUGUGUGUGUGUGUGUGUGUGUGUGUGUGUGUGUGUGUGUGUGUGUGUGUGUGUGUGUGUGUCUUAUUAGUCUCAUUAGUCUGUGAGAGGUUGGUUGGGGCUGCAGCAGGCCGCCUCCUCUUGCUCUCUCUCGCCGCAGCCUUUGAUGGGUUCAAUCAGUGCCACAUGAGACGGGGGAGAUGAAGAGGACAAUUGAGGGAAAAAAGUGGGAUGUAAAGUAGGAGAGAUGGGAGGGGGGAUCUACAGUGGGCAGAAUCAUUCUGAUACAUAAUGAUGAAAUCAGGGCUCUUGCUCGGUCUGUUGACGUUUACUAUGGUUCAGUGCUGUACAAUAUAACACUAGCAAAUAGAAACUUUUUGAACAUUGCAUUGUGUGUAAAUGUUUGUAUAAUGUUUACUCUUGCUUAAAAUAUUUAUUCUUCUAAUUUUGUCUAUGUUAUGAACUGCACACUGAAUACAUGAUGUAAAUAUUAUUUGUAACAGACUUUUCUAAUGUUCUGUAUUUCUUCGCCUGACGAAGAUCUCGCUGAUCGAAACAUUGCUGUUGUUAAUUAAUAAAAAGGGAAGAGUUAAA